GAUCGCUCCAAUCGUCGUCGUCGGCAGAAUCUGCAAGAGUCACGAGCGCCAUGCAGGCGACACGUGUCGGCGGCAGCCCCACGCCCGGGCGGGCAGUUUCCCGCCCUGCAUUGUGGUCAUUAUCCGACCGAAAAAGCGCGGCUACGCAGCGGGUGGACGUCGUAGGACGAGGGGGCUCGGACCACGUGUCUGUCUCUUAUGUUGCCACGUGGCUCGAGCAGCAGCUGCUUCCACGCAGUCAGCGUCACGCUGGCGAAUCGUCGUCCACGUAUGCAUGUCGCUCCUUUCGCCUCCCACCACCAAUCAGCAGAUUGACUGUGAAGAAGCUGGGCAGAUCUGGCGGGAACGGCAAGCAUGGCGGGAGGGGCUGGAACGGCGGGAACUGCAGCCUGGUGCCACAUAGCGGUACUCAGGGAAUAACCGGUCAGUUAUGGACAGCGGAGAGGGGAGUAGGAGAGGAGAGUAGCGUAAGGGAGAAAGAGAGAGGAAUUAGAAGGGAGGAGAGAGCGGGGGCAGGGAGGAGAGGAGUCUAUGCCUGGGGGGUGAACCGUGGUACAGGCAUCGCCGCUGCUGCACGGCGUGCCUGCGAGCAGGUAAUAAACGACAUCGAAAAGUGCAAGCUGCCUUCCUCACACUUCGUCAGCAGAGCCGAUCGACUACCGGUAGGCGCUGGCGCUGGGACUGGCCGACCGGCCUCUCGAAUCGGCUCACCACCGUACCCUUCUCUUACCCCUUUGCGGUCUGUACUACCCGCCUUCCCUCGAACACAACGCACCCUCAUUAUGAAUGCAUACAAGCUAGCUUUCCGGUCCGAUACCGUCAAGAGGAGGAUGCGUAGUGUUCGGGGGAAGACGGUAGUGUUCUCCCGUACACGGUUCGUCGUCGACGGCAGCCUACUAGACGACGACCUGUACUCUAGCUUCAAUGGCAGGACACCAUAUCCAUCCUCCUCUUCACAUCCUCCGAUUCCAUCAUCUCCCUCAUCUGCGUCAUUCUCCACACCACCUUUUCUAUUCUCCCAACCUUCACCAUCUUCACCUUCUUCUUCUUCAUCAUCUUCGCUUCCUCCUCCUCCUCCUCCUCCUCCUCCUUCUUCUUCUUCUUCUUCUUCUUCUUCUUCUUCGUUAAUAGCUGGUAGUGCACCGAUCAUCACAACGAAGGCCAAGGAGGAGGAGGAAGCAAUUGAACGUCCUUUACUGAGCUUCCAAGGAGGGGGGAUCUUCUUCUACUGGCAAUUGGGAGCGGCUAGGGCGCUGUCUAGACACUUCGACUUGGACAAAGCGGACAUGGCCGGGGCCAGCGCGGGGGCCCUGGCGGCUACCUUGGCAGCCUGCGAGGUGGAUGCCGAGGAGGCCACGAAGCUUGCAUUUCAGUUGUCCUUAGAUAAUAGGGUGUGGGACCGUCCGACGGGAUUGGGCGGCAUUUGGGGCCCCAUGAUAAGGUCGUGGCUGGACGAGUUGCUGCCGCCCAAUGCCGCCCAGCUGUGUGACGGUCGAUUGCACAUAUACGUGCUGGAGCUGCCGAGCCUCCGUCGCCGCAGUCCGGCAUUUGUCAGAAGAGGAGUGUGCCAGUUCCAUAGCAAGCGCGACCUGAUUGAUGCCUGCAUGGCCAGUGUUCAUAUCCCCUUCUUCAUCGACGGCGGUGCUUGCGCUCGAUUCCGAGAUCGAUGGUGUGUGGACGGCUCCUUCCUCGCCUCUAAACACUCCAUAUCUCCAUAUCCUGACAGACCUACAGUGUGGGUCGAUUACAUGGACGAUGAGGAUCUAGCAUCUCAACGGCUACGAUUCCUGAGCCUCGGUGCGCAGGGAGAGGGACCGCAGAGGACUUGGCAGUGGCUGCUCACCAUGAUUAGCAAAGGCGAGGCUCACGUCGAGAAGCUUCUCUCCGAUCACAAGCUAGCUGCUCUCGAUCCCAUCAGGAAAAAAAUGUAGAAGCUUCGUCAGAGAAGGUCCUUCCCGAGAACCAGCUAUGGUAGCUACCCUCUG